GGGCUCUGCUUCCCCCUGCACCCUUUCCUCCGGGAGUACCUCCGGUUCGUGGGUCUGGUCCCCUGCCAGCUGACCCCGAACAGCCAUUCUUACAUUACUGGCUUCCUCCAGCUCUGCAAAUCCCGGGGGGUGACGCCUAGCCUGGACCUUUUCUUCCAGAGCUUCAAUCUGUGCCGGGGGGCAUGCGAAUGCCGAGGGCUUCGCAAACUUGCAGCAGGUGGCCAUGUUCAAGCUCUUCACUGAGGCGCCCUCCUCGAACAAAGGGUGGAAGGACCGGUGGUGCUACGUGAAGCUGACCGAGAGCCCCUUCCCGAGGGAGUUGCGCGACCGUUUCAGGAGGCACGAGAAGAGGAGGAGCGCCGCCCUCGAGAAAGACGGCAGGAUUCUGGCCAUGAUCCCGGAGGGCCGGGACAAGAACAUCACCAUUAAGGAGUGCACCAAGGAGGGAGAUCUCUACACCCUCGGGUUCCGGCGGUAUCGCUUCCUGGGGGAAACAUAUGAGAAGUUCUCGGUGUUCGAGGGAGCCUCCGGAGGUAUCCCAGUGAAUAUGAUGAACGUCAAAGGCCUUGGCUGAUUCAAGAACAAGCCGGCCAAGGAUCCGAAGGGGUCGGACGCGGGUGGCCAAAAGCCCGUCGGUGCGCUUUUCAAGAAGCCCGAGGGAGAUGCUUCUGCCGCGAAGAGGAAACCGACGGCAAAGGAGUCCCCCCAGGCCACCAAGAAAUCGAAGAAGGGGGACGCUGUGAAGAAGGACCCCCCGGUGGUGAUUGUGGAUGACUGCCCCGCCUCCGGGGUGCACGAGGAGAUGCCGGUGGCAAAGGUGCCGAGGGGUGUCCGGGAACCAUCUCUUGAGGUCCUUACGCUCUCCCUCCCGGCUGGUACGCCCGUGUUGAGUGGUACGGCUGACCCGAGGGCGCUUCUGAGAGGUAUAACCCUCGACAUUGACAGGGCAGCCCUCGGGGCCGAUGAUGACCAAUCCCUCGAGGACAGGAUCCUCCGGUCUUCCCUCACGACCUGCAUUGCCCUCGGGGAGCAGGCCCGACGACUGGAGGAAUGGCGCCUCCACAAAGUUGGGCAAGACGCAAAGAUGAAGGAGCUAAUUCUCAAGGACUCCAAGGCCACGAAGAUGAUGGCCCAGCUUGAAGAGGACCUCCAGCUUGCGAGAGCGGAGGCCGGAAGGCUUAGGGAGGAGAAAGCCAAAGCUGAGGAGGCUGCUGCGGAAGCCGCAAGGAAAGCCGCCGAGGAGGCCGAGGCCGCCAGAACGAAAGCUGUCGUCACAGCCCGGGAGGAGGCCAUCUCCGGGUUCCUGGAUGGGGGGUGGAAGGCCGAAGGACACAAGGAGUGGUUGUCCUCGGUUGUGGAGGCCUCCGUCGAUGAGUGGUGCGAGGACCCAGGAGAGGAAUGGAUGGCCCGAAAGGGCAAACAAUAUUAUGAUGGGGGCGAGUUUUUCACCCAAGCCCUCAUCUAUCGGAGGAUGGCUCGCCAGUUGAAGAUUGAGCCGAAGGACUUCGACCCGGCGGCAUACGGGCUUCCCCCCCUUCAGCCAGACAUCCGUGUUCCUCUCCCCUCCGAUGUCGAGAGGCCAGACCUGGAGGAUACUGAGCUCCGGAAGGAAGCCGAUGGUGACGAACCUGAGGCCGAUGCAGAGGUCACUUCGAAGCCAUCGGAGGAGGCGGCCCCCGGGAAUGACGUUGUUUGAUUUGUAAUUUGUACUUAGCAAUUUGAACACACUUUGUAAUGGUCACAUUCUUAUGCUUUCGGCCCCGGCCAUCAUUGUAACAAUCACAUUUACUCUUUUUUGAUGAUUGAUGAAUGUUAGCCCUCGGGCCUUGUGUAUUUGACUUGCUUUCUUUAAUUUAUUUCCUCUCG